AUGGCGGCUUAUGGAGCUCUGGUUUCUCUUAUGCAUAUCAUAGAUCGCAUCGAAAAUCAUCCUUCCCCACCAAUUUCUAUCGACAAACAACAAGUUGAAUCUCUCACUGAAAAUGUUACCUUCUUGCAGGAUUUUCUUGAUGCUUAUAUUUCUCCAGUUGUCGAUGACCAUGAAGCGGAUCCAUUGGAGCGUCGCAUUGCAGAUGCAGUUUAUGCAGCUGAGGAUGUCAUCGAAUCCCAAAUUGUGCUUCAAAUUCAUAACAGAUCCAGAAUUUGUGGGAAGAUGUCCUGUUUUAUCAACUUGUUUCGAGCUCGGUGUAAAUGCGCAACUAUUGGGGAGGACUUCUACCACGAUCUACAACAAGUGAUAGAAGAAAUGAAUUUGAUCAAGAAGGAAGCCAUGGAGAUUGCAACCGCAGCUGAUCAACAGCAGAGAAAGGUCUCAUUAACUCAUGCUACCUCCUCUUCCACUGUGAAGGAAAGCAUAAUGGUGGGCUUCGACGAGGUGUUACGUGAAGUGCUGGAUAAGCUCACCGGAGUUCAUGGCAGUCUCCAAAUCAUUCCAAUUAUGGGGAUGGGCGGCAUUGGUAAGACCACUCUUGCCCGGCAUCUAUUUGAGCAUGCGGUUGUUAAAAAGCAUUUUUAUAUUCAUGCUUGGACUACGAUUUCUCAAACUUAUAAUGUUAGAGAAACACUUAGAGAAGUUCUUUUUCAAGCAAGUGGGGAUUCGGGUAGUGAUGAUCUAAGUGAGAGAGAAUUGCGAUUAAAACUAUACCAGUAUUUAUGGGGCAGGAGGUAUCUCAUAAUUAUGGAUGAUAUGUGGAGUAUAGAGGUGUGGGACAAGAUCAAGUUUUCCUUUCCUGAUUGCAAAAAUCAUGAGAGUCGAAUAAUUGUAACAACUAGGCUGUCAAACUUGAAUUUGCAGUUGGAUGAGUAUUAUGGCGUUAGUAUGAAAUUUCUAGAUGAGGCUAGUAGCAGGGAUUUGUUCACCAACACUGUGUUUGGUGGAGAAAGUUUACCUCAUGAGUUGGAGGAUAUUGGAAAGAGUAUUGUAGCAAAUUGUAAAGGGCUUCCUUUAUCAAUUGCUACAAUUGGAGGUCUUUUGGCAAAAUCUGAGCGCACUACAGAAUAUUGGAUGCGUAUAGAGCAAAAUUUAAAUUCAAUUGUGAAUACGAAUAAUGAUGAAUUUUGCUUGAAAAUAUUGCGAAUGAGCUAUACCUAUCUACCCAACUAUUUGAAGCCAUGUUUUUUGUAUAUGGGUGUUUUUAAGGAAGAUCGUUCAAUUCGUGUCUCAAUGCUGAAGAAGCUAUGGGUUUCAGAAGGAAUUUUAAAACCCGUGAGUGGAAAAUGUUUGGAAACAAUAGGAGAAGAGUACUUGAAGGAGUUGGUAGAUAGAAAUCUGAUUUUAGUUGAUAAGUUGGGGGUUAGUGGAAAUGUAAAGUUUUGUAAGAUUCAUGAUUUGUUGAGGGACAUGUGCUUGAAAGUAGUUGAAAAAGAGAGGUUUUAUCAUAUCAUAGAAAAGUCUCCUUCAGUCAUAGAUAUUAAUGAACGUCGUCGGGCUGUUUUUCAAAAUGGUGGAAGAGGGAGGCUUACUUUCCCACACUCUCUCAAGAAGUUGAACUUAUUUCUCUAUUAUCAUGCGGAGUUGGAAGAGAUAUUGGAAAAGAUAGGGUGGUUGCCCCUUCUUCACAAGUUAGUAUUACAUCGUGGUACCUUCAAAACAGGCAAGUGGGACACUAUUGAGGGCCAAUUCGAGAGCCUCAAGCUACUAGAAUUGAACUUCUGUCAAGGUCUAAAAAGUUGGAUGAUGGCAGAGAGCUCCCACUUUCCAGUUCUGCAGGAGCUUCGUCUUCGAAGUUUGGAUGAAUUGGAGGAGAUCCCUUCCGAAGUUGGAGAGAUAGCAACGCUGAAAUCAAUUUAUUUGGAAGAUUGCAGUGAAUCAGCGGUAGAGUCAGCUGCAAAGAUAGUAGAAGAACAAGAGGAUUUAUAUGGAGACCAACUACACUUUCAUGUUCGAGCUAUAGUUGCAAAAGCACACGAAAGACUGCAGAGCUUAGCAAGUCCCAACUUUGAAGUUACAGUGAGAGCUUAUUAG